GGAGGAGGAGGAGGUCUCGCUUGUCAAGAACUCCUCAGAAGAGUUGUGAAAACAACCAGCCGAAGGAGGGAGUCACACAGUUGCAGAUGCAGCUCCCACGCUGAGCCACGAGACAGUCAAAUUCUUCAGAGAGUGUGUGAGCAGAAACGCCAGAGGACGUCACUUACACUCCCACAGAGAGAGCGCUGUCACUGGAAGGUGUCUAUCCUCACGCUUUCUGAGCUGUGGAAAACUCAGCAGCCCACUGACAGGAGCCAGCCUUCUGCAGCAGAUGAAAUGAGAGCUUCGAUAAGUUACAUGUAGUCAAAAGUGGCAAAGAUACAGGUUUCUAGAACUAGUUUGCAUUUAGAGGAGGCUUUAAACUCAAGAAGAUUACUCAAAAUUGAGAGGAACUCUUUUGCAUCACCAUGGAUCAGCCAGCGAGCAGCUGCAUGCGGAGCGCCCAUCCUAGCAGUCCCAUCUGGGGGUGCAUGAGAAACCCCCACUCCGGGGUCCCAGGAACCAAUCUGCAGUCUCCGUACCAGCAAAGCCCAUUCUCUCUACACCAAAAACCCGAGUUCCUGGCUUACACGGACUUCUCCACCUCCUGCCUGGUGCCAAGCGCACCCCAUGCGGCCUACCCACGGGACGACAGACUCUAUCAAGACAGCCACGGUGGUUACCCAAGAGCUGACUGGCAGUUCAACCCCUGCGAAACCCGGUCAAGGUCAAUUGAUGCCUGCCCACCCAUUUCAGCCACGGUAGUGGGCACUGGAAGUGGUGGAGGUUCUGAGCUGGAGAACGUGGGGGCCGAAAGGGUUCCAGGCAGUGUCCCACCAGGGUGUCUGGAUGGAGAAUACUCACCCCAGAGCGUAGCAUCAGCUGACUCGGACAAGAAGUGCUCUAAUAAAAGGAAGAGAGAUGUUGCAGAUAUUCAGGAUUCCAGUUUUAAGGUGGAUUCCAGCUGCAAGGCCAGGAAAGAGCGCACAGCAUUCACCAAGGAGCAGCUGAGGGAGCUGGAGGCAGAGUUUACCCAUCACAACUACCUGACAAGACUCCGUCGCUACGAGAUCGCCGUCAACUUGGACCUCACAGAGAGACAGGUUAAAGUCUGGUUCCAGAACAGAAGAAUGAAGUGGAAGAGAGUGAAGGGAGGACAAUCAGCCUCACCAAACGACCUGGAAAAUGAUGACUUGGACUCAGCCGCUUCACCCAGCUCUGAAUGAAGGAGGCCAUCACUGUAGAAAAUUACAAAAAAAAAAAAAAAGAUGCAACUCGAUCAGCUGGACAUGAACAUAACAUUUGUUUAAUUCUGUGGAAAGUUGGCUGGUAGAAGCUUUAAUUUUUAAGACUUCAUUUUUUAAGUAUCCCAUUGGAAAUAAAAGACUGAGCACAGCUUGUACUGUUUUCUGUUGUACAUAGUUGAUGUAAUAAGCUGCGUUUUGACAUUUUACUGAUAAAUACUCAGACUGACAGUUUUUGUACUGACUGUUUAAAUAUGAAUGAAACUUGAGCUCAGUCUGGAUUGGUGACAGACAGAAGCUUUAGGUGUCUCAAUGACAUAUCAGACUGUGAUUGUGUUUGAAAACAAACCCUCUCCUUCCAGUAUUGUUAGCAGGGCCUUUGAUGCUUGACUACAACCACCUGGAAAGACUCCGACUGCACUCGCGUUGCCAAGUCCUAAGUGCCUCCGAGUCCGACGUUUUGUUUUUUUUAAUAAUUUGUCAGUUUCUUCUUUUGCUUGUAAUUUUUUUCUCUAACGCUUUUUUUAUCUCUCUUUUUAUACAAUUUGAAUGCCAUUGAUAAAACACAGAUGUUGACUUUUUCUGCAAAAAGAAUAAAUCAUCUUUUGCAAACGA